AUGAUGACCAUGAAAUUAAAUCUUUUGGUUCUUUACCUUAUUCUCGCUUAUACGUUAAUAAGGGCAGAGACUAAAUUUGUUGGUUCCCAUAUCGCUCAAAAAGUAAAGCCACCACCACUUAAAAAAUUCCACGACAGACAUAUUUCCCAAUUCUGCAAACUAUCUAAGCUGGGACCCGGUGAUGGAACUCAGAACAAAGAUGGAUUCUGCUCUUCGACUCCACAGGGUGAAGUUCCAAAAUUUACACAUAUGCCGUCAACUUUAAUCCUGGAGCCUCAUAACGGUGCAACCCUAAAGGCACAUCAUAAUUUUACCGUGAAAAUAAAAACCGACAGUCUCUCUUUGGGAAAUUUCGCCGAUCCAUUAACUCAGUAUAACUUAUUUUCUCAAACCUUGGAUUCAAACGGUUUUAUCCUUGGUCAUCAGCACUUGACGGUACAGAGGUUGCAUAAAUUAAAUUGUCCACCAGACGCGAAGGACUUCGCGUUUUUUGAGGGGUUAAAUGAUAGCGGUGAAAAAGACAUCCUAACUGUUAACGUUGAUAAAUUACCACCCGGCCUUUAUAGAAUUUGCACUAUAUCUGCUUCGUUUUCUCAUCAACCUUUAGUCAUGCCAGUGGCUAAACGUGGAUCUCAGGAUGACUGCAUUCGUAUUACUCUUGAAUAA